AUGAAUGAAUUCUACAACCUGGCAGAGAAGGGAGUGUUUUGGUUGAGCAAGUCGUUCAAGACUCAACCAGAUGGCCACGGCAAAGGGACAAAUCGGGUCCUUGUGAGCAAUGGCCAAAUUCGACAUGAGAAUAGGUACAAUGCGUACCCUGGCACGUUCAUCAUUGAUGGGAAGUCAGUGGUGAUCUUGGAUUACAGCCACUUUGACAAUGUCCCGAGCAGGGAUUACCAAAGGAAAGGCGAAGUGAGGGUGCUGGGCAAGUACAGUUAUCGUUGCGUCGCCAGGAGUGAAAUGAUUGUCAAAGGCAUGACCCCCAGGCCGAGGGCCAACGGUCAAGGAGGUGCAGAGCCCGAAUUCUAUCCGCUGGGAGGACUAGUGGCACCGUGGAGGGAGUUUGAUGACCCUCAUACCGAAUCCAAGGACUCCAAUAGGUAUUGA